UCUGUCCGCGCUACUCCGCGCAGUUCGCACGCACGCACGGAGCACGCACGCACGCUUCCGCGCCGGUUUCCGCGUGGUGUGUUCCGUCCUUCGAUCGGAGCGCUUAAUUGUGUAAAAAUAGCGCCAAUAAAAAGAGACACCCGUGCCAAAUGGUAGUUGGAAUACUCCUCUCUCUAUACGCAUCCAUGUCGUCCGCGGUGCAGGCCUUCCGCGAGCGUACGUUCGUUAUCGUGAAGCCGGACGGCGUUCAGAGGGGCCUGACCGGCAGAGUAGUCAGCCGGUUUGAAAAGAAUGGCUUCAAAUUAGUGGCCAUGAAGUUCCUUCAGGCAACAGAAGAAACCUUAAAAAAGCACUAUGAAGAGCUCUCUCAACGUCCGUUUUUUCCUGCUCUCAUAAAGUACAUGCAGAUGGGUCCUAUUGUAAUCAUGGUAUGGGAAGGCAAAGACAUUGUCAAAAGGGCACGAGACAUCAUUGGUGCCACAGACCCUUUGAAAUCGAACCCUGGUACCAUAAGAGGUGACUAUGGAAUUGCAACUGGAAGAAAUGUUGUUCACGGCAGUGACUCCUUGGAGAGCUCAAAGAGGGAAAUCAACUUAUGGUUCAGCAAUGCUGAGGUUAUCCCUUGGCAACAAGAGUUGGACGAUUGGCUGAACAAGGAGAACUAAGGCACAUCUGCUAUGACAUUCAUCAAGUGUUUACAGUAAUUUGGUACCUGUGUCUUUGUAUUUAGCUUGUAAUCUUGUGUUAAAGGACUGCAGCCUAUCAUAACAUUUAUGCUUAUGUUACAUUUCUUUUGACGCUUUUUUAUCAUUCUAUUGUUGGAAAGGAUGUUAUCUAUCCCCCGGCUGAAAAUUGUGCUGCUUUGAAAUGUAACUGAUAAAGACAGGGUGUCUACCAACCGGGAAAACCGGGAAUUCUCAUGGAUUUUGAGUAGUCUGGAAAAAGUCAGGGAAAACUCGGGGAAUUUAGGCCUCUAUCAGGGAAAAUUAGCGGCAAUUUUAUUGAAAAGGCCGAAAGUCGCGGUAAUGCUGGCUCAAGCAACUGACCGGAAUCGUAAUGAAUCGUCUUUGACGCCCUGUCGUCGGCUGGAGGAGUUGCCAGUGUGCACUCAACGACCGACUUUCCGGAUUCCCGAUAAUUUGGACGGCUUCGCGGCACCGCCACGUACCCCAUAGAUACAACGUAUCAGAACGUGUGAAAUUUCGGACGCAAGAACUCUUCGCCCUCCAAUUUUCCGGACGUUUUGCCCUGACCGCAGGUCCGAAACGGCAAUAAUCAAAGGAACCACCGCCGCCGUUUUAAUUACUUCGCCACCUCGACCGGCACUCUCGCACACGGAUCCGCUGGCAGCCGUUGCCACCACUGCGGCAACUCUAGGCCUAGCUGCUUCGACGUUCGCUAUGAAGCUUCUUGCCGUUGGGUGCCGAGUUAUUUAUUGAAAGAAUUAGCUGCUGUCAGCAAUGACACACACUCCGCCUUUGGGUUCCUCGCUAUUGGCUUGGAAACUUAGAAAACACGGCGCGUUACAUAAUGCCGGUUCCCGAAAGUUAGCUUCGCCUUUGUGCAGAAAUGUUACAUGGUGAAGCAUACGCAAAAGUAUUGCAGUGAAGCAAAACAAGCGUGGGAAGGGGCCAUUGCCACUGAAAACAGUAUGUAUUCCUUAAUUAUACACACGUGCACCCGGUAUUUUUUGUCACAGUACGUGCGCCGCUAUGCCUAAUAUGUGUACCGACAUGCCUUCAGAGCGUUUUCGAACGUGCCUGUGGCGGUUUGAGCCCCUAAGGGCAGUAAAUGACACGAUUUUUUUUUUCCAACUUUUUGCCAACGCGACCCCUAGGGAAUUCUAAAAAUCGGCCGUGGACUGUGCAACUGACCAAGGUGCUUCAAAUGGUUCUUGAGGCGAACGAGUGACAGAAGGAGGACAAGAACAGAAAUGAUGUACGCAUUGAGGAAUAAACGGGAAAGGAAGCUUGCUGUCGCCGUUUUGAAGGAGCUUGAGCUCAAAAAAACAAAGUUUUGGCUGAUGCAGGUGUCCCUCAUCCAAACCAAAAUAAACUCGUUAAAGCAGUGAAACAACACUCAGGUGUCGUGCUUGGGCUGAGAGUAUGUCAGGACAGUUGAGGUUGACUUACGAGUGGUUGAGAGAGAAUCUCAAUUGUGACAGAGUUCGGGCCUCAUACCACUGAGCUUGCUAUCAGUUGAUAGAAAUAGCUCAUAUUCGAAUAUAUUUGCCUCUAUGUGCAUCUCCUUUUUAUUCGUAUUUGUGAAUGUCCGACUUCAUUUGCAAUUUUAUUUCGAAGACACUUUAUUUGCUGUGCAUUUUACUAACCCCUGCCUUCUAUUCUCUUUUUGAAUAAACACCACUCCUUAGUAUUCAGAUUGGA